CAAAAGUUCAUACACACGGGGAGAGAGAGAGAGAGAGAGAGAGAGAGAGAGAGAGAGAGAGAGCGCGCGCUGAUGAAGAAGAAAACCCCAAGGAGCAGCGAGGGGAGAGUGAAGAAGAGAAUGAAGGGGUCACUGACAAGAGUUCAGCAGCUAGGGCAACUCUCUUUCAUGCCUCUGCAGCCCCAAUCGUCCCGAUUCAAGACUCCCCUUGAAUCACAAGCUCAACCUAGAGAAAAAUCGCAGAUUCCUUUGCUAUCGCCCCUCCAUAUCGACGCUGAUGCUGUUGCGGACGACAUAGACUGCAUUCUCAGCCAGGAUUUCUUUUGCACUCCUGACUAUAUCACUCCUGAUGGUCAAUAUAUGUCAACCAGUUUGGAUUGCAACAAGGAAAAUAUUCCCUGUCCCAAGUCACCAGAGAAAAUAAAAACUGUCAAGAGCAAAAGGCAAAAGCAGGGUAAGGUUAACAUUUAUGAUGGUAUCUCCAGUAAUUCUUUCACUUCUAAUCUCUAUGGCCAUGAGAAAGUUGAAGAACUUGCCAAAAAGACUUUUUUUGGAACAGACGAAAUCGAGACAGAGAAAACAAUAGAAGCUGAACCUCAAAAGAGUCAUAGCUUUGUUUCACAUUCUGCAAUUGCUUUGCGAUGCCGUGUUAUGCCUCCUCCAUGCAUAAAGAACCCAUACGUAAAGGAUACUUCAGAAACUGAUGUAGAUCCUUUCGACUAUCAAAGAUCAAAGUGUGCAGGUAUUUUUACAGCCAGCUUUGGUGGAGAUGGGCUUUCACGGUACAGGACAGAUUUCCAUGAACUUGAGCAAAUUGGUAAUGGGUACUUCAGCUGUGUUUUCAAAGCUUUGAAGAGAAUUGAUGGUUGCUUUUAUGCAGUGAAACAAAGCACAAGGUUGUUGCGUCAGGAUACAGAAAGGAGAAAAGCUUUGAUGGAGGUUCAAGCUUUUGCUGCUUUAGGAUCCCAUGAAAACAUUGUUGGAUAUUACUCAUCUUGGUUUGAAAAUGAGCGUCUCUUUAUCCAGAUGGAGCUCUGUGAUCACAGCCUAUCCAUCAGUAAAUCUUCUAAAUCAUCCACAGAGUGGGAGGCAUUAGAGAUUAUGCAUCAGAUAGCCAAAGCUCUGCAGUUCAUACAUGAGAGGGGGAUAGCUCACUUAGAUGUAAAGCCUGAUAAUAUUUAUGUGAAGAAUGGUGUAUACAAGCUCGGUGAUUUCGGCUGUGCAACUCUCCUUGAUAGGAGCCUGCCAAUUGAAGAAGGUGAUGCGCGUUACAUGCCUCAAGAGAUACUGAAUGACGAAUAUGAUUAUCUUGAUAAGGUUGAUGUCUUCUCCCUGGGAGCUGCUAUUUAUGAGCUUAUUAGAGGCUCAUCAUUGCCGGAAUCAGGCCCUUUUUUUUUGAAUCUGAGGGAUGGAAAAUUGCCUCUCCUUCCGGGUCAUUCCGUGCAAUUUCAGAACUUACUCAAGGCCAUGAUUGACCCAGAUCCAGUUCGUCGACCUUCUGCCAAAGAACUAGUAGAAGAUCCAAUUUUUGACAGGGCCAAGAAAACUGGAAAGAACCAGUAAAAGCCACUGUUCCUGCACUUAGAAUUUGUAGCUGGGGCUGGAUGCUGCGUAGGGCCAAUUCAGCAGCUUUUUGUUCAUUUCUCGGGGAGUAAAAUUCUCAUUCGCAUGAGUCAUCAUGGGCAGUUUUGUUUAUCUGAGCGGCAAGUGCAACUGUGCAAGCCCUGUUUUGUAACAUUACUGACGGGCAAGAGCAAGAUUAUGCAAGCCCUGUUUUGUAACAUUACCCCUCCGAUAUUGGCGCCAGUGUCCCCCUUGCGUGCCACUGCUUUUUGUAUAAAAGAUGGCAAACUGGAGAACUGUUGUAUUUUCCGGUGAAUUUGGUAAUGCAAUUCAAGCUGGGAAGUCCCAUUUAUU